ACCAGCACUUAUUGUGCAACUGUAUGCACAAAUAUUAGGCAAAAGAAAAGGCCAUGGCUCUUUUCAGGCAGAGCUUACUCAGAAUGAAACGGAGGUGGAUGUUGGCUGCCGCCAACUUGCCGAAGUCGCGUCGCACAUCUGUAUCGGGUUAUGGUACACUCCCGUCGAAGCUGCGGCUGCCACUCGCGGCGCGAGCCCCGCCUCGCUUCCAGCUUGACCGCUUUACGAUCUAGUCUUUGCCUGCCAGCUCUUCAUCGUGUUACCGUAACUCCUGCUACUGAAUCUGCGAGCAU